AUGAGUACUGAAUACAAAUUCGAGAAAGAAAUAGACUGCAAGCAAGGAGCCGUUAGAUCUGUACGAUUCAGUGUGGAUGGUUCAUAUUGCAUAACGUGCGGGUCAGAUAGGAAGCUAAAGCUAUGGAAUCCGUACAAAUCUGUUACAUUGAAAACGUAUGGUGGACACGGUGAUGAGGUUAUGGACGCUUGUGCAUCCUGUGACAGCAGUCAGAUUGUAUCUUGCGGAUUAGACAAAUCUAUAAUUGUCUGGGAUGUGUCAACAGGCAUGUCUGUGCGUCGUUUCAGAGGACAUGCAGGUCCUGUCACAACAGUCAGAUUUAACGAAGAAUCAUCAAUGAUCAUUUCUGGAUCUCGUGAUAACAGUGUUAUGUGUUGGGAUGGACGUUCCAAAGCACAAGAAGCAGUGCAAUCUUUGAAUGAUGCCAAGGAUUCUAUUUCUAGCGUGAGAGUUUCAGAUCAUGAAAUCUUAUCUGGUUCUUUUGAUGGCAAAGUACGCACAUAUGAUAUACGAGUAGGAGAACUUUGUGAAGAUUAUAUGGGAGAUGCAAUUACAUGCGCCAGUUUUACCAGAGAUGGACAAUGUCUACUUGUCAGUUGUACAGGCGAUGUAAUUAGAUUAAUCGACAAGGACUCAGGAGAAUUACUCGGCGAAUUCACAGGACAUACUGGAAAGGAUCUGUGUCUGGAAUCUAGCGUAGAUUAUCAAGAUACAAGAAUUCUUUCUGGCUCGAUGGAUGGAAAAUUAUGGAUUUGGGAUCUUGUAUCUCAAAAAGUGGUCGCAAAGCUCUCAGGUUUUAAGCCAACCAAGUAUCCUACUGUAUCUAUAAGUGUCCAUCCACAGAAGAAUUGCUUUCUUGCUUCUAACGGAUCUAAUAUUUUGAUGUGGAGCAUGCAGUCUCACACAGAUAAUGAAUAAUAGUGAAACUUGUU